CUAGAUCUCCAAAAUCCCCUUUGAGGUCCUCUCUCUCCUUCUCCGCUUCCAUUAUCCACCUCUCCAAUGGCCAUAUCCGGCUUCUACUCCUCCUCCUCCUCUUCUUCCCCUGCCGAUGCUCCCAAGCUCACUGAUAAGUUCUUUGAUUCGAAGGAACCCCGGCUUUAGAAGGCUUUUUUUUGCAUAUGAAGGAGUAAGAGAAGGGAGCGAUUGCGAAUGCUGAUGAGGGGCGGAUCCAUAUUUGCAUUCUCCCGCAACGAGAACUUUCUCAUGAACUUGCCAGCCCUUAUCUCCAUCCGCAGGCAUAUCCACCUCAAAGAUGUACGAUCAAGGGAGUUCCUUCACGUCUGCUGGAGUCAUGCUCUUAUCCAACUCAUCAGGGAUGUCCAUGAGGUGCUGCAAGGUGGACAUGAGAGGUCCCUCCAAGCCCAUCACCAGAGAAUUAGGGUGAAGAAACUGUUUUCCGUCCAGGACUUCUUUCGGUAUGCUAAGACCGAAGGUAUUUCAAUGAGAAUUGGUGGCCUUCGUCUUCGGUGUUUGAGGAUCCUCCGGUUGAGAGCGCAGAUAAAGAGAAACUUAUUGAUAUUUUUCAGGUGGAGCUUCUCUACACCAAGUUUGCCUCUUUGGUGAAAUCAGAUCACUAGAGAGAUCUUGGAAAUCGUCGCCGGCGUUGAUGUACUCAUUUAGUCUGGUACGUCUUCAACCCUAAACUUCUCUCUCUGCUUCACUUUUGUUCUUCAUUUUGGACGUUCUCUUUCAUCAAUCAAGUAAAGUCUCUGUAUUAUUAUUAUCAUUAUUUUUUUCCUCUU